AUGAUCGUCAAUCCCAACCCAAACCUGCCAAAGCGUCUGCAGUGGUACAUAGUACUAGCAGCGCUGACAUGUGUCAGUGCUAGUCCAAACACCGUGGAGCCGAAGACCAUUUUCGCUAGUUCUGCUGCUUCAAAGCCACCACUUGGUGUCGUCGACCAAAGCGAUGCGCGAGUGAAGCGGUAUUUGAGAAGAAACACGGAUACGACGGAGAGCAUGGACGACGAGAGCGAAGACAGAGGUAGCGACGUAUUCUCGACCAUAGACCAAGGUUUAGCAGCAAGGAUCACCGAAUCGGUCGAGGCUGGUGUCACCCCUAAAGUAUCCACCGCCAUAGAGCAAGGUUUAGCUGCAAAGGUUGGUGAAUCGGUCGUCACCCCUAGCGUAUCCGGCACAAACCACAAUCCAGCAGCAAAGGUUGAAGAAUCGAUCGAGACUAGUGUCACACAUGAAGUACCCACCGCCGUAAAUCACGAUCAAGCAGCAAAGGUCGGAGAAUCGGUCGAGGCUAGUGCCAUUCCUAGCGUACCAGGGAACAUUUACAACGUUUUUUAUCUAGAGUUUAGGAAAGCUAUGGGUGACCAGAUCGAAUUUUACAGGAACCGAGGAGACCUGUUCAAGAAUGACCAAUAUACGAAGUGGUCGAAAACUGUGGACGAAGUAUACAAAAAAAUAUCUGAAACACGAGCCGAAGUAGCAUACACUGAUGUAGCCAUACAAAUAGCAACUAAAUUGGCGAAGAAGAUCUGGAAAAACACCAGCAUUAGUUUGAUUCGCAGCUUUAAGCUCUUUGGACUCAACAAUGAACAUCUAGAUACGCUUUUGAGAAAUCCAACGCUGAGCACGUGGAUCAAUUACGUUGAAAUGCUGGGACCAAAUCCAUAUGAAGUGUUACUUUUGGCGAUGAGGGAGCGCGCGGGUGACGAAAAACUAGAUUCUAUUCUUGCUGCGGCAAAAGUUGACGGCACUUAUAUGACAAUUUGGCAGACCCUGCUACAUAUGCAAGAGAACUAUAAAUCACUGAAGCGUCUAAAGCGAGAGUAUCCACAGGUGGAGGAGUGGCAGAGGGAUGGAAAAAGUGGUGAUGAUGUUUUCGAUCUUCUAGAGUUCCCAGAUAAAGGCCAAGAUAUGUUUGCAACCGAGGCAUGGAGCUUGUGGGUUGCGUAUAUGACCUACUUGGAGGCGCAAAAACAAUUAGAAGAUCAAAGAGAGAUCGCAACGGUUAUAUUCUCAGUGCUUAGGAAUCGAUUUAGUAGCGAAGAUCUGCCCAAGUUGGUCGCUACAGCCAAAAAUGUCGAUAGGACCAAGGAGCUUGCCGCCAUAUGGGAGCAAAGAUUGUGGCGGAUCGCAAAGCAAACUCCGGACGACGUUUUUGAUCUUCUGAAGCUGAAGGAGAAGGGGGAUGCGGUAUUUGAGAGUCCGGAAUUUGAAAAUUGGGCAUUAUAUGUCAAAGAAUUGAACAAUGGCAGAAGCCGCGACGACGAUUUUGAGCUUGCUUGUCAGCUGUACAGACAUUACGGUCCCGAUGUGGAAAGACUGCUCGAGCAAUCCGAAAAGAUGGCCAUUGAGAAAAAGGACAAAGUUACAAAGGCAUUUGUCAAUAAGAUGCAGAACGAGUUUGAAAUGAUAAAGUCACUCGAGGAGAUGUCACCUGCGGAGAUGGAGCUUGAGGAGACGUCAUCUGUGGAGAUGGAGCUCGAGGAAACGUCGCCCGUGGAUAUGGACAUUGAGGAGUCGUCACCGGUUGAGAUGAAGGUCGAGGAGACGUCACACGAGAAGAAGCAGCUCGGUAAGAGGCCGCGUACGAGCUCGCCGGCUGUGGCCACCGAAUCCUCAAAACGAACCAAAAUGCUGGAUGAAUCCGAGUCACCGACGGAAAAUUAG